GGUCCAGAGAGGAUGCCGUAGUUUGUCGUUUUGAAAGAAUCGACAAGAAGCUGGACGGUGUAAGUCUGGUUCUAUUGUGAGGUACAGCCUAGGUUUUCUUACAUUAAGAUAGCGAUCUAACUAGCUAUCUCGUUAUAUUCGUUUAGACAAAUGAUGUAAUAGACUUUGUAAGUUAAAUCUGAAUACUAGUUGUAUCCUGUGAAUUGUCUUACAGGAUAUCGCGCUCAUGAAAGCCCGCAGAUGCAGCCGAUUUCUGAAGGAAAGGACGACUUGAGGCUCCAGCAGGAGAAGAUGGAGGUCUUGCAUGCACUUAAACGGAACGGUGAACAAACGACAAAAUUUAUGAAGAGCCGAUCACCGCACGCUGAGAGGCCAAUAAAGGAGGAAUUGGAGGAGUGUCAGAUCGACCGAGGCGGAGAGAAGACAGAAACAUGUGAUUUCACAGGGGAGUUGGACCAGAAGGUGCCGAAGAUAAAGGAGGAGGUUGAAAUGGAUGAUAUCUCUCUGGUCAUCGUGUCGGACACAGCUGAAACCGCGGGGAAGGGAACGGGCAACGAAAUGAUGACGCUCCUGGAGAACCAGUACCAGCAGACGGAGAGGCGAGUCAAGGAAGAGUACGAGGAGUACGGCGCAUGUCAGCAUGACGGCGUUUCUGACGCUCCUGUCCCAGGGGACAGCGAGGAGCAGAAGGGUCAUGCGAUGAAGGAGGAGCCUGAGACGAUGACAUGGGAGACGUCAUCCCUUUCAGACACAGCCGAGCAGGAGGCAGGAAGUGGGGACAUCUCCUUCCUGCUGAGGGGUUAUGAGGACUACAGCCUCCCAGACUCUGAGUAUGACUGCAGGGACCGUUACACGCCCCAGGGUCUGGAGAUGGCUGCAGGGAACUUUGAGCAAAUGCCUGAGCUUCCUGGAGCACUAAAUGUGGGAGGAGAGUCUAGGAACUUUCAAUACAGGAGCAGUGUUGAUGUUUCCCCGCAAAUCUUUCCCUGUGUGCGGUGCCCAGUCUCCUUCACGAUGGAGCUCUACCUCCACAGGCAUUUGAAGAGGUCUCACCCUGAAGAUUACAUCAUGCUGCUGAGGUCUAAAUCCCUUAGACCUGAGGUCCUGUUAGCCUCUGCCAACAAACACCAGACCCAGACCUCAUCAAAUGCAAUACCUAGACCCAUUCCCUCAUCGCCUGUUAAAGACAUGCCCUUGCCACAGAAACGGACCACUACAGGUGCCACAAAAACUCAUGCAUGUUCCCAAUGUGGGAAGUGCUUCACAAGAAAAAAUGAUCUGAAAGUACACCAGAGAAGUCACACAGGGGAGAAACCAUACCCUUGCACAGAGUGCGGGAGGAGGUUUGUGUGUUCAGAUGUCCUUAAAAGGCACCUCCGAAUUCACACAGGAGAGAGGCCGUACAGCUGCUCCCAGUGUGGGAAGAGUUUUAGUGUCUUAUACAAUCUGACAAGGCAUGAGCGAACACACACAGGUCAGAGACCAUAUUAUUGCUCUGAGUGUAAUAAGAGUUUCAUCCGUGCUGAGGAUCUGAAAAAGCACCAGCAAACCCAUACAGCAGAGAGACAUCACUGCUCACAGUGUGGGAAAAGUUUCAGCCAUUUAGAGACUCUGAAGACACACCUUCGGAGCCACACGGGAGAGAAACCAUACCACUGCUCUGAAUGUGGAAAGAGUUUUGGUUUCUCACGGGACCUGAAAAAACACCAGAUAAUUCACACAGGGGAGAGACCAUACAGCUGCUCCCAAUGUACUAAAAGCUUUGGUCGAAUAUGGGACCUGACAAUACACCAGAGAUCACACAGUGGAGAGAGACCAUAUCACUGCUCCCAAUGUGGGCAGAGUUUUAGCUUGAUAGGAAACUUCAAGCGCCACCAGCUGACUCACACAGGAGAGAGAACCUACCAUUGCUCCCAGUGCGGCAAGAGCUUUGUUCGAGCUGCACACCUCAAACACCACCUUCAGACUCACACAGAGGAGAAGGAAUAUCAAUGCUCUCAAUGUGGAAAGAGUUUCAACCACCUCGGAAAUUUCAAACGACACCAACGAAGUCACCCAGGAGAAUGAGAUUGAAUGGCUGGUGCUGUAAUCCUUAAGGCAUUUUGUGCUGCUAUAUAGAAUUGAUGAAUCAUGGGAUGUACGUGUGUUGUAUUUAUGGAGUGUAUGGAGUGUGGUGUUUGUCAUGUCUCGUUGUAGAGCACACAUGAUCAGGACAUAUGAGCCACUCUGAAUUGUGAGCACUGUUUUUGUACCAUCUCUUCAGUGAUUCAAGUGUAGGAAUAUGCCAUUGUCUGUACUGCUGGUGUGACAGUGGCCCGAGUCCAAUAAAAGAG